UGAUAAUACGUAGAAAAUGGAGUGUGUGAUGUAGAAGAAGGAUCUUGCUACUGAUGUACGUGGUGUAUAAUCGCUAUAGUAGAGGGUGAGACUGUAGCCUAGCAUCGGCUGGAAAAAAAAAGUGAGGCGCCGAGCACCCACAAUGCAAUGGGCAACAUGUCAGCCUUCUGAAGCCAAGUAGAGGUGUCCAGCAGUGCGCAGUUCAUUGUUCUGGAUUUUCAUUACAUUUGCUGCAGAAAAAAAAUUGUGAGGGUGAAUGAACACAGCUUUCCUGUUUGUAUCACUUGCACAGCACUGCAAUGGCUGCGGCUGAAGUUUUGCCGUGCUCAAGAAGUCGAACUGAUACGUUGCUACGAGGGGAAUCGCUUAGCCGUCGGUUUCAUACUCUGUUUCGUCUGAAUGAAGAGCAACAGCAACAAAACAAGAAAAAAUUAGAAAAAAAGAAAACCAGGAAGAAAUCAAAAUCAAAGUCCAAGGAUAGAAAGCAGCGGGAGAAAUCCCCAGAACUUGCAGAGACUGUGUCAAAUACAACUCCAGAAAUCCAUGGCAAUGCCUCCUCGUUUACUGUCUAUGCCAUGGUGCGGCAGUCGGUGCUGGUGCAAGGCAUCCGUGAUGCCUCACGUGUAUACCAUCUGGCUAACAGUGGAGCUGCCUCUGACACUGAAUCUGAUGAAGAUGCAGAUGAAAAGAACAAGGAUGCAUGUAUCAAGAUACCUAAGAUUGUGGGCCUUGGCCUGCAAGGGGUAUUUCAGUUGAUCCGAGAGUCUCGGACAAAGUACCCUGAGUUGUGUGUGAAGUCCCUUCGAGCUUUGCUGGAUCUUCUGCAAGGACAGCAGCCUGAAGGCAUGAAAAAUGAGCCAGUUGAAGUUGCUGAUAAGUUGUUUGUGUUGUUAAUGGAGCUUGCAACAGACAGUGCAAAUGACAUUAUUGUGGAUGGACAAGUGCUAACAUCCCUCGCAUGUUCAGCACUUAUCAGCUUGACAAUUGCCUUGGGUGAUACAGGCAAACUGCUAACAGCAAUCAAAGCCCUGCUUAUGUCCUCACCAGGGCUGGCUUCACAGAAGACAGUGGUUCCUGGAAUCCUUUCAUUGCUUCAAAAAAGCGUACAAGCCUUGUUAUUGGGAAGGGCACAACUGCCUGAUUGGUUUACUUAUGGUGUGAGGACUCAGAGUCAGACAUCUUCUUUCAUGCUUGAUUUCACUGCAGGCUUUCCAGAAGACACUGUAGAAAACUGUGCUAUCGCAAGUGAUGGCUGUCAUUUGUAUAUUUUGAACAAGAAAGGACUAGUAAAGAUUGGCUCUGGGUAUGGUGGUACCACAAAGGGUAUUCUUGUCAGUCAAAAGAAGGAUUUUCGCUGCAGCAAGAAUCCAUGGCUAGCAUAUGCAGGGGGAAAACUCCUAUGCAGAUGUGAGAAAGCAGGAGCAGGAGGAGGAACCAUUUUGUUACAGAUAGACACAACAACACUGGAGCCCAGUACUGCGUACAACCUGGAUGGGCAUGGAGCUGGGCCUUCUAUCUUGUUCAGUGAUGGAGAAAACAUUGGUCAGAUAGCUCCAUCCAAAGAGGAUAGCUUUGUAGUGUGCACCUUCAGCCCUCAGACUUCAAGCAUGAAGUUGAUCAGUGAGAUCCCACUCAAACUAACACGCAAAUGUUUGGACAUGUUUGGCUCCAGUCCAUUUGACUCUGAAGUUGUGCGCAGAACCAUCACCACAGGCUUUGAUGAAGACUCUGCAUGCAUUGUCUCAGGCAAGGAGUUUUCUCUGAUUAGGACAAUUGGAGGAAAAGUGCUGUUCACGGGCAAAUCAUCAGCUGUGGGAAUCAAACAAGGUGGUCCAGGUCCUGGAAAGUGGGCAGAGCUACCUAUCACUAAGUCACCAAAGAUCGUGCAUGUUGCCACUGGACAUGAAGGCAUGCAUGCGUUGUUGGCUGCUGAUGAUGGAAGCGUUUUCUUUGUGGGAACAGCCAAGCGUGGAGAGGAUGGAGAUUCUGGUUCAGCUAAAGUUCGACGUCAGCCAAAGCCAGUAAAGCCAAAGAAGAUGAUCCGCCUUGAGAAUAAGUUUGUAGUGUAUGCUGCAUGUAACAGUGGCACCAGUGCUGUUGUAACCAAAAAUGGAGAAGUGUACAUGUUUGGCAAGGACACGUCCCAUUGUGAUCAUGCUAGUGGUCAUGUCACUGACCUGAAGGACGUAUCUGUAACGUGCAUUGCCCUUGGUAAAGCACAUGCUGUGGCCUUGACCAACAAAGGUCAGAUCUUCACCUUUGGCAUUAAUAACAAGGGUCAGUGUGGUCGGGACUUUACUCAUGCUGGGAACAGAGAAACCAACAAUGUCACAAUGACAGAGGAGGAAGAGGAGAAUGAAGCAGAAGACUCCAUGUGCCCUCCAGGCAAACAUAAGUGGCAUCACAACAAGUGUAUGAUAUGUACAGUGUGUCGGGAGUGCACUGGUUAUGGAGUAAGUUGCAUCAAUAGCGCUCGCGCUGACCGUAAUCCAGGCAUGCCCUGUGGCUGUGGUGCUGGUGAUGCAGGGUGCAGUGAAUGUGGGGCAUGUCGUGUGUGCACAGGAGAGAGGCUGGGAAUUGAUGAUCUGGAUGAACGUGGGCUGCUUGAGAUCAUCAAAAGCAAGAAUGAUGUGCCAAUUGACAUUCUGCUUGGCUCAGGACGUGGGAAGAUAUCCGAAAUGGCAGUUCGCAAAUUGGAUCAGCUGAAGCUUAGGCAAGCACAGAAGUUGGUGAAAGAAAAACGUCAAAGAGAGGGAGCUGGUGAGGCCGAGGCAGACUAUGCAAAAUUGGUAUCCCUGCCACCUGCUGAGGCAGUUGUUGGACCUGGAGACAUUCCUGUGACACAGAUUGCUUGUGGGGUGCACCACUCAGUGGUUCUUCUGCAGAAUGGGGAUGUAUAUACAUUUGGCAGCAACAGCUAUGGACAGCUUGGCUUGGGGGACACCAGUGCAAGAGGAGUACCCACUAAGGUUCCACUGCCUCUUGCAGCAGUACAAAUAGCUGCAGGAAGCCAUCACACAGUUAUUUUGUUGACCAGUGGUCAGGUCUACACAUGUGGUGAUUAUCAGAAAGGAGCUCUUGGUCGUGUUGGACCAGAAGACUCUGUGGUUAAGAGCAAGAAAGGAGCUUGGAACUGUGUACCAGGAGCUGUACCUGGGGUUGGUGCCAGAUUUGGGCGGAGAGCCACCUGGAUUGGAGCUAGUGGUGACCAGACUUUUAUGAGGAUCGAUGAAUCAUUGAUCAAUGCACUGACCCUUCAGCGAUCAAAUAUCUUUGCCAGUCAGAAUUGUAUAGGAUUGAUCCCACGGGGAGAAGACAAUGCUGGCAUCAUGAAAUGCCUUAUGAUCAGCAAGACUGAUGGCAGCUGCAAGAGUUUCAGUGGUGAAGAUCAGGUCGACCUCAGUGAUCAGGUUGUAUGCCUGGAUCCAGUCUAUGAAGUCCUAUGGGGAUACUGCCCACAGACCCAGGAAAUUCGCAGCUACAAUGUGCUUGUACCUGAAGCCCGUCACCUACCCAGUACACAGCCUGGCUAUCCCAACAUCUUGAGCCCCGAGAUGGCUGUGCCCACACGCAUGGGGUGCAGCACAACAAGGUCUCACUGUGCUCUUCACAUGCUGGGCUGUUUAGACACGCUGACAAUCGGGAGACAACUUAAGCUUGAAGUGAUCGAAGAGGCAAUGGAGAGAGCAGCACAGUCAAAGGUCUACACCAAGGAAGACUAUUCAGUUGUCAACAGGUUUGAAAGUCAUGGCGGAGGCUGGGGCUAUUCUGGCCAUUCAGUGGAGGCCAUUCGCUUUAUGUGUGACACAGACAUUCUCCUUGGAGGCUUUGGUCUUUUUGGAGGUCGUGGAGAGUAUUUUGGCAGGAUCAAACUGUUUGAACUUGGAGUUGAUGGUGGAGAGAAUGAAGGUGAUGGGGAACUUUUGGCAGAGACAGAUGAGAUUCCUUUUGAGUGUGGAGCAAGGGAGAAGUUUUGCAUGUUGUUUGAUGAACCUGUGCCCCUGAUGGCAAACUGCUGGUAUGUUGCCUGGGCUCGCAUUGCCGGCCCCUCAAGUGACUGUGGUUCAAGUGGUCAGCCUUCAGUUAUCACAGAAGACCAGGUUGUGUUCAAAUUCAAGAGUUCCAAGAAGUCAAAUAAUGGAACCGACGUUAAUGCUGGCCAGAUUCCACAACUACUGUACAGACUACCCUCAAGAGACAGUCCAAGUGUUGUUCGCAGGACAGAGCAUGUGGAUCCAGCACACAUUCUCAGUCAGGAGUUUUCUCACACUGUCUCUGAGCAAUGUUUUGAGGCCCUGCUGCAGUUGUUGCGCUGGAGCUGGACAGCUUCAUAUCACGCCAUGGAGGAGAUGGAGGGAGCAAAGGGUGACAGUUAUCAGGCAGCUCUGUCUGAUAUGAGCCGUCUGGUCUACAUUUCACGAGCAUGCCUCCGUCUUCUCACCAUUUAUGUUAAUGAGAUCUAUCCUGAUGGAGUGACCAAGAAAAAAGUCUCAGCAGAAUCCAGUGGCCUGGCUGCAAAAAUAGGUGAUGCUCGUGAUCUGCUGAGGUGUAUCCUGGCUGAGGCUGUGUCUUCUUCAAAAUUUAAGGUCUUUCUUGGCGAGCUGUCUUGCUCUCAGGAUUUUCGGGACAAAAGGGAGGAGAUCCUGCAAGAGUGCCACAGCACUUUCAGUGCCUGCUUCCAUGCCUUCUACCCAACUGGCCAGCUGAAAUGGUGGUGCCUUUGUGAUCUUCUUUGUCAGACUGAACCAAUUUUUGAGAAAAAAGAAAAUAUGAAAAACGAGAAAGACAAGGGUGUACAAAAUGUUGCUGGCAUCGGUCGCCUCUUGGCAGCUGUCAUGGAGGCACUUUGUCAUCCAGCCGUCAAACUGACUGCAAUCAUGCCAAUCAACUGUGAACCAGAAACAGAGGCUGUUCUUCGACGCCAGUCACUGUGCAUGGAUGACAACACUAACAGUGUGGCAAGACUUGCUGAGGGUCACCGCUACCCUGUCCUGGCUUCUCAAAUGAGCUUCAGAAUGGAGAUGGAUUCAGUGGGCGGAAUGGGAACUCAUGUCUCGUUCAAAGAAGUUCUAGACCGUCUGCUCAUGCUGGUCGCUCUUCCAGUGAGGCAGGUGCUAGCCCAUGACCCAGAGUCGUUCCCCUCAAGCCUGGUUGCAAACACCUGCUCACUUUUGGCCACAAUUAUUAGUGAGCUUGCAGCCUCCGCCAUGGGGCUGGAGGUUGACCUUGAUACUAGUUCAAGACCAUUGCUUGUGACCCCAAGUCGCUUCACUCGCAUGAGCCAGAGUGCAUUCUGGAACACAAGUAGUGGCAGUCCAGAUGCUGUGGCAUUUUCUGUUGACCGGCCAGGCAUUGUUAUCGCUGGGAUCUGUGUCUAUGGUGGUACAGGCACAUAUGAAUACGAAGCAGAACUACUGGAGGAAAAGUGUGGAGAGCAAGUUCCAGAAGGUCAAGGCGAAACACUUCUUGCUCAACGCUGGAACAGCCUGGAGGUGACAAAGGGCAAUUUUGGUCCUGAGGACACUGUCAAUGACAUAGCAGAAAUCAAGUUUGAGAGGCCAGUCCCCAUCAAGGAAGGAGUAAAAUAUGCUGUGAAACUGUGCAACACUGGCCAGCGUUCCUAUAACGGAGAUGGUGGUCUGGUAAAGGUCAAAUGUUCAGAUGGUACCACCUUCACGUUUUCUGCUUGUUCACUAAGCAUGAAUGGCACAAACCACAUACGAGGGCAAAUACCACAAAUCCUGUAUUACAGUGCUCCACAAGAAGGAGACACGCAAUCCCAGCAUGCCAAGACACUGGCAGAACUUCAGGCACGAAAAAAUGCAAUUGACAUCACUGGUGCCAUUUGUCGCAUAGCCACCGACCUCCUUCAUCGUGCUAACUGUCUACCAGUGGAAACUGCAGCAGAAUGUCUGGGCAACUCACAUCUGUUUUCCUCUCUGCUCCCCAUGUCGCUGGCGUAUGUUGGACCAGUUGCUGCACAAGAUCCCAGGGGAGCAGUUCAGGUAUUAUACCUGAUCCAGGAAAUUAUGCCAGCCAUUAUCAACCUGACAAAACAGAUGGUUCCACUGCCUCUUACCGUCUCCCUUCACCUAGAUUCCUCGAUGUCUGACUUCACCAUACCCACCACCUCCCAACACUACGCUAUUGUUGAGAGUGACCACCCCUACAAACCAGCAUCCGUUGCAAAUUACAAAGUGGAGUUCCCACCCUCUGUGCGGUGGAUUGUUGUCGAGUUUGACCCCCAGUGUGCUACAGCUCAGGCAGAAGACUCAUUGCAGCUAUAUAUUCCUGGGUGGCGACCAAAGAUAGAUUCCAGCAUGGACUCUGAGGCUGGCAACACACACUGGCCUGUACUGCACAAAUUUCAUGGAGCAUACAACUGGCCCAAACAGGCCAUCCUGCUUCCUGGCAAUGAAGUGAUGUUUUCAUUGGAGACAGCCUCAGACUACGUGAAAGAUGAAAAAGCUAGUUUCUAUGGUUUCAAGUGUACUGUCAUCGGCUAUGACUGGAGUCCGCGGAUGGAAGAGAGUGUUCUUAAUCUGGAGAAGGAGUUGGCUUACCUAGGAGGAAUGUGCUCAGCUGCCUUAAUGAGAAGAGAUAUUCCUCUCCCGCCAGUGACAAUGGAAGAAGUGGAUGAAGACAUGGAUGUUAUAGAGGAAGGAGCCCAAAUGGUUUUUGAGGCUCAUUCCCAGCUGUUGAGCAAAGGGUUUGCACUCUCACAACCACCAACCAUUAUGCAGGCCCUUGAGGGCAACCUCCCUUUCUGCUGGCAGUCUAAUGAACGUUCGUUUUUGAAAGACUUUGUAUCCUGCACAGCAGGAACAAGUGGUGGACGGCUGGCAAGGUGGCUGCAGCCAGACUCCUACCUGGACCCACGACAGUGUGAGGUGGUGUGUAGUGCAGAAGAGUUGAAAUGUAGCUGGCCCACUGUUAUCACCAUAGUGACCAGAGACCAGUAUGGUGAAGUGGUCAAUGUGCCCAACCUGAAGGUGGAAGUGAAGGCAUUGCCUAUUGAUCGCAAAGACAACAUUGGAGAUGACCUAAAGAGGAUACGCCGCCUUAGCCGUCCUGAUGAUGGAGACAUGACGUUUGGUGGACUGCCACAUCCAAUGCUUGACAUACCCUAUGAAGUUACAGUUAAAGACAGGAAGGAUGUCUUCCAUGCCAUCACAGUCAUGAAGGCAUACGAGAACUACUCAUUUGAAGAGCUGAGGUUUGCAGCACCCACCAUGCCACGACCAAGUGAGAACAUGCUGGUGCGGGCCAACAACGAUGGGACAUUCACAGCCAAUUGGACUCCUGGAUGUGUGGGCCACUACAACAUCCAUGUCAUCAUUGAUGGAAUUGAUGCCUGUGAUCCAUACAAAGUGGAGGUCAAAGAACCUCCUCAGGGUGCUCCCCCUCCAACUCAGGGAAUUAGGAAGAGUCAUCCACACAACAAAAUGCGCCGAUUUACAGCAAAGAACAGUGCAGGUUUGCGAGUACGAGCUCACCCUACACUGCAGAGUGAACAGAUUGGAGUCAUCAAGCCUGAUGGCAUCAUUUCUUUCAUUGAAGAAGUACACAAUGAUGAUGGAGUGUGGGUGCGUCUUAGCCUGGACAGCAUACGUGAGUGGUGCAGCAGUCAUGUAGGUGCCGCAGCUGGUGCUGUAGGUUCCGUAGGUCUGCCAGAGGCCUGGUGCCUACAGUACAACCAGCACCUGGGGAAGACUUUGCUGGCCCCAGUUGAAGAACCUAAGUCAAUUGUGGAUGAGAUGGUCAAAGAAGCCAUUGCUAGAAAACUGCCAGAAUAUAUUCGGGGAGCUGUUGGCAUGCCAAAAGGACCUGGAAUCUACCAAGUUGUAAACUGUGGAAAUUUUGGGCAUAAUGUCAGAUCUCGUCCAAGCCUUAAAGCACCUCCUAUUGGUAUCUUGACAAGAGGGAAAAAAAUUGUUGCAACAGAGAAUGUGAUCAACAGUGAAGGAGUGUGGGUGAAGCUUGAUCCAGAGAGCUGUGAGCAAUACUGCGACACCAAGGACACAGAAGCUUGGUCUCUGGCUUCUGACCAGAACUUAGCUGUGUAUCUCCAACAUGAGAGUGAGCUUGGCUUUGCUUUCAAAGACCCAUUUUUCUUUAACAGCUUGCCACGGGUUGGCAGCCAGCCAGGCUUUGACUUCAGUAGUACAAACUACGCUGCCACUUUCCCUUCGUUUGGUCACAAAAGUGCUGAAGGAUUUGGUCGAAGCAGAAGUGUACCUGUAUCAGCGUUUGCCUUCACGGGUCAUGCAGGGGCCUCUAUGGGUAUCACACCCACAUUUGGGCCUAUUGAUGGUGCAGCGGCAGGGCCAGCAUUCUCUCACACACCUGGGAUGGCUAAUGGAUGGAUGGAGCCAUCUGCAGAGGAUGCAAGCUCCAGUGCAGCAAUCCGCCCUCGUCCUGACUCUACGAUGUUCUGUGUUCCUGUUGCAUCGCAGCAGUUGUUGCGCACAUCAUCAGCAUCUGCCGCUCUGCGAAAGGGGGCUGAUCGAAGCUUUGCACAUUUGACAGUGCAGGACCUGCCCAGAGAUGUUCCGCCAGAAUUACAGGGUGUGUCUGUGAAAGAGCUUGUCAAGGCACUUGGAGAAAGCAGAGCAAAUGGGAAUGGACCAACCCCACAACCAUCCCCACCAGGCUCGCCUAAAAAAUCUUCUCGCAGUUCCAGUCCCAAAGCCACUGGCUCUUCCCGCUCAGCCUCUCCAGCAACAUCGUCCGAUAGCCGUCGAGGAUCAACUACACCAUCUCCAAAAGGGACACUGACAAAACAUGAGACAUACCAGACUCCUCCCUCCAGUCCCAUGCCACCACGCAACCAACGAGGCAAGCUGGAGAAGGACAAUUCAUUUGAGAGGUCCUCACUUUCACCUCCAGGCCUGAGAUCAGAUGCCACCAUAACAGAAGGAGGUGAAGGAGCUGUUGGAGGCAUUCUGGGCUUUGGCAGUCCUCGCUUUAACUCGCCUGUCAGAACUGGAAGCCCCAGCCGUCGAGGGUCUCUAUCAAAUGCACAGUUUGGGUCACUUGGCUCCAGCCCUCCCCGUGCAGCAGGGGAGUCUUCAGGACAGAUAGCAGCAAACUUUAACAUUGGGUCAUCUCCCAAAGAUGAAAUGGCUGUCAGGUUGUCUCCAAAAGCUGGAAGGAAGGACAGGGGUAAACAACUUCGCAGUAAGAGGGAGAGAGCCUCAUCUCCUUCAGCCCGAGAUGUACCAUACACACGGACACGGUCAUCAUCAGCAUCUUUGAUUCUUGAGCGUGCUCGAGAGCCUGUAAAGCAGGCAUUGUCUCCAUCUGUGGCGGAGUGCAUGCGAGCUGUGUUUGCAGCUUUCAUGUGGCAUGAAGGAAUUGUUCAUGAUGGAAUGGCCUGUGCCUCAUUCUUAAAGUUCCAUCCAGAUUUGACGAAGGAAAUGUCUCAGUUUGUGAAGGGCAAAAAACAAGAGCAAGAUAAAGUACGGCAGCGACAUGCCACAGACUCCAGCAAGGAGAAGCGAGACAGUCGAGAGCGAAGAGGCCUUGGGCAUGGGAACAUAAAUGAGACAAGGGUUCGCUUUAACUUGGAGCCCCAGAUUCAAGAUGCAACAGACAUGGAAUCCAUGUUUCCAGGAGAAAAGACACCUCUUAAUGUAACCCCUCCACGUCGUCCGGUGGAAAGAGUCAGAUCUGAAGGUGUUGGUGGCAUGAAGCUGCCAGACUUUGAAUUUGACAAGGUAAAGGACGGUGGAUUGGGAGGUGGAAAGGAGGAGACUGCUUUACCCCCCACACUUCAGCAUCUGGUGUAUUUUUGGGAGGAACUGUCUGUGAGUGUGCUUAAGAUCAUCAGCCAGGAAAUCAUUCUUCCUAGUCCAGCUGUGCAGGCCCGCAUGAAGAAAGCUGAGAAGAAAGAUGAAGAGAAAAAAGAGAAGAAGAGCAAGCGAAAGAAAGAUGGUAAAGGCUUGAAAGGUUGUUUCUUUGGAGAUGCCGUUGCUCACAUGCUGGGUGUUCAUGCUGAAGGACGAGGUGGUGGGGCCUUGGAUCAUGGAGCAGCAGCAGCAGCUGCCGCUGCAGUGGAGCGUGCUGCCGUCAUUGCUCAUGGAGGACAGGACCGAGAGACAAUGUGCGAGCUCUGCGGGGGCUUGUUCCCCAACCCAGUGACAUAUCAUAUGCGACAGUGUCAUCCAGGGUGCGGUCGGCAUGCAUGCGGCAAGGGAUACAACAGUGGCGGCAACUUCUGUGGUGGAUGGGCAGGUAACUGCGGCGAGGGAGGCAUGGGGGGAAGCAGCUGGUACUUGAUGUGCGACAAAUGCCGAGAAAAGUACCUGCGAGAGAAACGCCAUGCACAGAAGGAGAAAGACAAAUCAAGAAAGUCAAAAAAGAAGUCAGGCUCUGGAGUUCUUGGAGGUCAGGGACGUCAGUCACUGCUGGCAUCACAACAGGAGGCACAUCUUGUUCUAAAAAACAAUGCUAUGUUUUUGCUGGAUCUGGCUUCUGCCUCUGGAAUAUCCUUGCCCAAGCAUAACUCCAAGAAACCACCAUACCUGUCUGUUCUCAGUCUUAGUUCUGGUCUAUAUUGCCUGCCAUCUGUCAGUGAGACAGCCGGAACUGAGCUAGAGCCUUUCCCACCUGUGCCGUUUCAGUACUUGAACAUCCACAAUGCUCACAGUUCAGACUCAGCCUUUGCAGAAGAUUUCCUGAUUGAUGAUGAUGAGCGAGUGUUUGUGAGGUCAGGGUCUCUAAGCAUUUCCUCAAGACGAAUGCCCUACCGACCACGACUGCCCACAGAGCCACGACAUAGUCCCCUUGCAAGGUCAGGAUCUUUGGGACAGGAUGUUCGUCCCUUUUCACACAUUUUGCAGGAGACAAAAGAGCUGCAGACUCCAGUUAUGGACACCAAACCUAUUGUGAAAAGUGCUGGAACAAGCCCAGAGAGUGAGCAGGAGAACCACAAAAAGUCCUUCCAUCGCAGCGUCUCAGAGUAUGCUUCAGAGGAAGAGAAUGGAGAUCGUGAGUUUGUGCUUCACCGGGCUGUGUCAGUGUCGUCACGGCGCCGUAACAACAGUGGAGGUGUGUCAGAUGGGGGAGUGUCAUUAUUGAAACAUCCAUCCCAGGCCAUGACACGCCUCAUCAGUUCAGUGGAUGGAAGCCGUAGCAUGAGGGCCAAUGGUGAGCGGGCUUUGCAGAGGCCCGUGAUGGAGUUCAUAGUCCAGCGUCAUGACUUGGAAGGACUGCAGUUGGCAAUGAGGCAGGCACUACGCAAGGCUGCUUGCAGAGUCUUUGCUAUGCAGGCCUUUAACUGGCUGCUGCGGACGGUGGUUCAACAAACCUCUCUUCAUGACCUUAUAUGGUUCUUUGUGGUUUCAUUGAUGCCUUCCACUGAUGAGGAGGAAGAGCCAACUGAGAAUGCAGAUGCUGAUAAAGAAAAGCGGGAGAAGAAGGACCAGGAGGAGUUGCCAUUGUGUGAGCACCCACUCACAGACAUAUGUGUGGCUGGCAAGGCAGUGGCUCCACUGCCAGAAACAUUCCACACCUUGCUACAGACUGUCAGCGAUGUCAUGCUACACCUUCCAAUGGGCUCUGCAUUGCAGCACAUGGCAGUGCAGUGCUACUGUCUUCGCUUCAUGCAGUCUGACCACCAGUUUCUACAUGAGAGCCAUGUCUUCAGCAACAUUUCACGCAUCCUUAGCAAGUCAGAAGAGGAAAAUGAUGAUAGCAGCAUUGAUUCAUCUCUGGUCCUGUACAGUGUGUCCUGUUUGAAGGAUCUUACUCCAGCUGCUGACAUCAAGGCCUCCAGUAGACAGGCUAUGAUUGGAAGUCUCUCGGACAAUUCUACAGAGACAUUUUGGGAGAGUGGAGAUGAAGACAGAAAUAGAGUGAAGAUUCUGACCAUUGUUUGCUCCAACAAGUCCAACCCAUCUGUCAUUUAUAUCCAUAUUGACAACUCCAGAGAUCUGGCAAACAAAGUGAGCAACAUUUCAUUCAGUGCUGGCCAUGGAAGUGAUGAUCUGAAAAAGAUCCGUUCGAUUGAAGUGGAAGCACGAUUUGCUGGGUGGAUUAGUUGCACGAUCCCCCCUGACAGGCGACGCCAGAUUCAGGUGGAGCUGAAGGGGCCUGAUCAGAGUCUUCGUGUGCGGCAAGUCAAGGUGUUGGGAACAGUACAGGAUGAGGACUGCACCGUGCCUGUCAAGAAAACAUCAUUUCAGAUCCAGCAGGACAACUGUGAAGCUGAAACAUUAAAAGUCUUCCGCAUCCUUACUUCGCAGGUGUUUGGGCGUCUCAUUUUCAAUGUGCCAGCACCAUCGGCAGCAGAAGAGUGGGAUAAGAAGGAUGAAACUGAUGGCAUGGAUGUUGACAAUGACCUCAAAGAACACAUGGUAUCCAUCCUCUUCAGUCGCAACAAGCUCUCUCACCUACAAAAGCAGGUGUGCUCCCACAUAGUGCAAGGUAUCCGCAAAGAGUCUGCUCGUGUCAGAGAGGAGUGGGAAAGCUGUGAAUGUAGGAUAGACUACAUGGAAGAUGACAGGGGGUCGGAUGUGUACUGCUUUGAGCUGCUGUCCAUGGUGGAAGCUCUUAGUGGAUCCCCUGUUGGAAGACGUUACCUUGUGCAGCAGUACAGUCUCACAGAUCUUUUCUCUCUGCUGCACACUGCCUCUCCCCGCAUUCAGAGACAGAUCGUGGCCAUAUUCCGAAGAGUUCUGCCAGACGUCAAACCCCAAGUUUUGGCUAGCCUGUUGUCUGUACCAGCCCUCCCUCCUGCUGAUUACAGCAUUGUCAGUGCAGCUUCACGGGAAGAGGGGGACGCAUCCUUUGAUCCUCACAAACCAGGAAUCCUGGACGUUUUCUUGGCAUGCAUCAGCAAAGCACUUAUCGUUCAGAUAAAAACCAAGAUUGAGACAACAAAAACUUUAUUCACGGGUUCCUUGAUUGAUUGCAUGCCAAAAGAAGGAGUGGCAUCAACAAAAGCAAAUGGAGCUCGAUGGUGGCUGAGGGGCACUCUUUCUUCAUCUCUGGCCAACAGCAUCAUUUCUUUGAUUCAAGAUAUGACUGCCGGAAAACUUUCUGAGACCUGGGCGCACAUCACUAAAGCCGCUAUAGCAGAAGCCAUUCUGAAUUUGACAAAGCUGGAUGAGUCUCAGCGUCAUCCCCAGGCCUGCACUCAGCUGCCCACUCUGUGGCUGGCUCUUGCCUCCUUAUGCGUCUUGAGACCAGAGCAUGUUGAGCGCUUGUCAUCUGGAGAGUGGGUUAGCAGUCCUGACUCUGCUCAUGGAAAACCCAGGCCUACUUGUGACAACCAUGAAGACAAUGUCACACCAGCUAUUAUUUUGUGUGGCGACUGUGGCAACUUAUGUGCAGACUGUGACCGCUUCCUACACCUGCCUCAGCGCAUGCGAGGUCAUCAGCGACAGGUUUUUAAAGAGGAGGAAGAAGCCAUUAAAGUUGACUUGCAUGAGGGGUGUGGCCGGACCAAGCUGUUCUGGGUCAUGGCCCUUGCAGACUCCAAGACACUAAAAGCCAUGAUUGAAUUUAGAGUCGGUAAGCAACAACCUAAUGCUGCCACAGGCACCUGCCGAUUCUGUGGCAGUACCAACACCACAGGUCUUCUUGCUAUUGGCAGUGUAUGUAGCGAUGAAUCAUGCCAGACGCAUGCCAAGGAGGCAUGCAUCAAAAUGCUGGAGUGUGGCCAUCCUUGUGGUGGUAUUUUGGAUGAAGAUCCAUGCUUGCCCUGCCUUCACCGCUGCCGCCCCUCAGACCAGGAGGCACUGAAACAGGAUGCUGAUGACAUGUGCAUGAUCUGCUUCACAGAGGCAUUGUCUGCUGCCCCAGCCAUUCAGCUAAAAUGUGGCCAUGUGUUCCAUCUCCACUGCACUCGCAUGAUCCUUGAAAAGCGCUGGGUUGGACCUCGCAUCACCUUUGGCUUCUCUCUCUGUCCCAUUUGUAAGAAUGACAUUCAGCAUCCAGUGCUACGCAUCCUUCUGGACCCUAUCCGCCAGCUGUAUGAGGAUGUCAAGCGCAAAGCACUGAUGCGACUGGAGUAUGAAGGACUUCACAAGGCAGAGGCCAUCACAACACCUGGAGCCCGAUUUUAUCAAGAUCCAACAGCCUUUGCCAUGGACAGAUAUGCAUACUAUGUGUGCUUCAAAUGCAAAAAGGCUUACUAUGGAGGAGAAGUGCGGUGUGAAGAGCAGUUUGGUGGCAUGGAGGACUAUGACCCCAAAGAACUGGUGUGUGGAGGCUGUUCAGACAUCUCCAGGGCUCAGAUGUGCCCCAAACAUGGCUCAGACUUUCUGGAAUACAAGUGUCGCUACUGCUGCUCUGUGGCAGUUUUCUUCUGUUUUGGCACAACACACUUCUGCAAUGCUUGUCAUGAUGACUUCCAGCAUGUCACCAAUAUCCCCAAAAAGAGUUUGCCACACUGCCCAGCAGGACCUCGUGGACGUCAGCUGGAGGGAGAAGAGUGCCCCCUUCACAUUCAGCAUCCCCCUACAGGAGAGGAGUUUGCCUUGGGAUGUGGUGUCUGCCGCAAUGCCCACACUUUCUAAAACAGGUUGUGCCACACGGUAGCAGUUGACUGCAUGGGCAUUUGCCAAUGAUAGUUCUGGAAGGAUUUAUACACCAGCUGACGAGCUUUGUGUUGUUGGUGAUUGAGGGAGUUGACUAAUCACAAGAAACUGUAUUGUGUUCAAUAAUAAUCAUGUAAUGUACAGAAAUUAGAAAAUAUAAUUUAUAGAACAUAGCAUCGAGGGCAUAGUCUGUUAUGGCACAUAGUUGAUCACCAAUUACAUGAUCCCAUGUUCACAACUGAUGGCAUUAUACACAUUAAAUACGAGUUACAGUACAGCAUGUUCACAGCUGACAGCAGAUGGUAUGGCAUCUGCCUCAUUUAAUGUUUAAUUUCAGCAGUAUUAUAAUCAACACUUUAGCAAUGUGCCUGUUGUCAUCCCAAUAGCCCAGUCUUUACUUUUAAUCUCCUUUUCAUCACCUGCGGUUUCAUGUUGUAGUUUUUUCCUGAGGGAUUUUUAAGUACAUUCCCUGAUGAAUGUAGCUCACAGGAUUUGAUGUUGCUGACCAAACCAGUUUGUCACUGGUUUCAGUUUUAAAAAAAUAACUGUUUAUUAUGUGCAAUUUUAUUUUUGCGAGGAAAUGUGGUUUCUAGGUGAUGUUUUGCUGCCACAAAGAACAGAACUUUGAUUAAUGAGUAAUGGGCAUAUUCUGUAAAGGUGAAAAACAGCGUUUUGAAGUGAUUAUGAUUUGGAUUGGAAUCUUUUUGAGGUUUUUUUUUCCCCCAUUUUAAUCUGUGGAGUGGGAAGAACACGAGGGUUGCACCUGCAGUUUUUCAUUCUCAUGGGCCCAUUACAUACAUGUAUUUUUAUGGUUUACUCAUAUUAUCCAGAUUUGAAAGUCAUCCAUGUUAAAUGUUCUGCUUUCUAAAUUUUCUUUUGUUGCGUUUGAAAAACUUUUUCUGCUCCACUGGGCAUUUUGUUAAAGUUUUUCUUUGGUACUGUCCAGUUUGAAUUAGUUUUGCCAACAAAGCAACUGACAUGAUUUUGUCAGAAAUAGUAUUAAACUUCCAGAUUGCCUAAUACUUUAGAUAUUUGUGUAUUGUACAUGUUUUCCCACAUGUUUGCUUUCUUUAGUGACCAUCUUGGGUGUUUUAGAAUAAGCUUUUUUUUAAAAAUAAAAUUUGCUUAGUGUACUGAUUUUAUCAUUAAAUUAUGUUUCUAUAAGGUAACCGUUUCCUAAAUAUUUUUGUUUAAACAUUUGUGAAUAGCACCAAUGGUUCUCCAUAGCAAACACCUCAUAACCUGAAUCCUUACUUGCAUAUCUGUACACAUUUUUAAAUGUUGUGAUUUUUUCCCAGUAUAUUUUCCUACUUCCGAUAGAGAAUUUCUGUCACUCUGGUUCUGUUUUACGAUAUGACUGCAGCAAAAAAGGCACAUUUAAAUCCCCUUUUAACCGAGUGCAAAAAAAGAUUGGAUUGAAUGAUUGCUGUUAUCCUGGACAAGGUUACCAGUAUCUGGAAACCCCACCCCAACAAGCAGAAUAUAUGUAGCAAUGUGAAUGAUUCAUCAGCAGCUUAUCAAUCAUGUUUAUAUAUAUAUAGGACAUGCCCAGGAUUUCUUGUUGUGUAUGUUACCAUAUGUAAGUAUAUUAGAAGCUAAUCUUGACAGAAUCAAAAAUGUAGUCAAAAUAUUUGUAAAUUUACAUGCAUUGCUAGUCUGUUUCUAUGUCCAAGUAGAAAUUUAAUUCUCCAAAAGUGGUGUGGCAUUAGAACAUGUCUGGAUGUGUGAGUAUAUGCAUGGAUAUUUGCCCUACAUGUUGUAAAUUUUACAUUUCCUGUGAUAUAAUUUUGACAUUAAAGACGACAGUUUCAUCA